GGGUUUGUAGGGAUGAGUUCAGUGUACAGAGUACCGCAAGUUCCGUUUUCCUCUUUCACCUCUCACUAUCCAAUGGAAAAUCUUCUCCCUCUCGCUCUCUCUCUUCCUCUCAUUUUUGGUGGUCACAGUAAGCAGUCAAGCACGCCUUCCCGAAGCUCCCUACGGACCCAUCUUCCCCACCUCACUUCUCUCUCUCUCUCUCUCUCUCUCUCUCUCUCUCUACUAUCCAUUACUUCCAUAUUUCUAUCUUUCUUUUCGAUCAUCACCAGAAAACGAACACUUGUUUAAUCCAAAAAACACACCAGUAACCAACCUUACCAGUAAGUCACCAUCCAAGAAAUCUCAUCUCCCUGAGUUGCGUUUCUUCAUUUGUUUUCUCACUUGAUUGCUUUCUUGUUGAUGGCCCUUUGCUUCUCUUAUUCGUUGAUUUGUAACGAUGAUGUUGAAACGAAGAGAGGAGAAAUGAGAUGAGGACGGAAUUAUGCGAACACUUUGCGACGUUUGCGAGAGCGCAGCCGCCAUUCUUUUCUGCGCCGCCGAUGAGGCUGCUCUUUGCAGCUCUUGUGACGAGAAGGUCCACCUGUGUAACAAACUUGCUAGUCGACAUGUACGGGUCAAGCUAGCUGAUCCUAGUGAUGUUCCUCGUUGUGACUUGUGUGAAAAUGCACCUGCAUUCUUUUACUGUGAAAUAGAUGGAAGUUCCCUUUGUCUGCAAUGUGAUUUGAUUGUACAUGUUGGAGGUAAAAGAACCCAUGAAAGAUAUCUCUUAUUGAGACAGAGAGUUGAGUUUCCAGGGGAUAAACCUGGCCAGUUUGAGGACCUGUCGUCGCAACCUAUGGAUCAGGGGGAGAUUAGAAGGGAACAAAAUCAGAUGCCUAAACUGACUAUGAGAGAAAAUUUACAAAAUCACAGGGCCUCUCCUAUUCCAGUGCUAAAUACUAACACUGACAACCAUGGAAAGAUGGAUUCCAAAAUGAUUGAUCUAAAUGCUUGGCCAAAUGGGGUACAUGAACAAGCUUCAAAUAAUCAGGUGCAUGGAAUUGAUGUUCUAAGUAACGAUGAUGAUGAAGCAAGCAUGGUUCCUGUGGGAUCUUUCAAAAGAGAGCCUCAGAAGUGAGGAAGGUAUCUGCUGUACCUUUUUCUAAUGGUAGUUCAUAUCUCAUUAUCUCCCAUGUUUUUUCCCUAUUUCUCAUUUUACAAAUUGUAUGCUAUGAAUUUUGAGGUUUGGAGAAUAGGGUUCACUUCAAAUUUAUUGUUGGGAGGACUUCAGUAACCCAUGUUACAAUCCAUGAGGUCAGGGGAACAUGUACUAAUUUUUUUCUCAAAAAUUUUGGAUGUUCUUCAAUGUAUAGUCAGUGCCUUCCCUUGAACAGUAUGGAGAAUGAACUCUAUUGUGUAUGAAAUAUUCGCCUACUCGGAGAUUUAUGAUAAUAUAUGAAGCUGCUCAUUUAUUUA